UGGUUAUUGUUACUACUACCUUUGGACGAAUUGGAACAUGGGACGUUUUCUUUCACUAAGAAAGCUUUGUGGUCCACAUUUCGCUUUUACAAUGUUUGAACUAACGGUCGAAAAGUUUGCCUCGCGAGAGAAUUCUAUUCUGCCAGCUAAGUUAGGUAAACUCUACGGUGUUGUCUCUGGCGCAUAUCAAUUGAAUAUGCGGGGUUCCGUUGCUCUGAAAUCACCAAUCCAAACCUGACAAAUAUUUGCUACGAACACACAAUAGAAUCAGCAAAAUGGGCAUCGCUGGUUCUACUGCCCGUGACAGUUCUCAGUCCAAAACCGCUAAAACGGCUGCUCGUUCCGGCCAGUCGCUUAUAGUCGUUAAUCACUCGAAGAAAACAAGGAAUACAGCUGAUGUUGAGAAAAGAAAGACAACUAAAGCAAUUUACGACAUGGGUACGCGAGCUGCGAAGGAAAAAGUAAAACAAGAGAGCGCAAACAACGAUGAGGCGUUGGUCAACGCGAUGAACGCGGAUGAGAAACACAUGGCGCAAUGGCGGCUGCAGAUGACGGCGUUAGUUGAUAAGCUACAGAAAGAAAUCGUUGACAAAGAUGCGAAAAUAAGCAGACUCGCGGACCAAGCGAGAGAAGCUGCGGACCGAUAUAAUUCUUUGUCCCAUCCGAUCGAACAAAGCCGUGAUGACGUAAUACAAACUCUGAAGGCGCGAUUAAAGGUUCACGAAGAAAGAAUUAAAGAAAAAGAAGCUGUUAUAAGAUCCCUGCAGCGACAACUAAUGCAAUCAAGAAAUGAUAAAGAAUCGCAGGUUUCAGUUGUAAAAGACACAGUUGAGAUGGUUAUUCGCGAAAAAGAUUCCGAAAUCCGACGCCUUAAAGCUCUAUGGGGAACCAGUGACCAAAUUGACCAAGUUGAUGGCCUUAACAAUGAUGAAGUCAACAAAGCAACGAAGCUACUGAAUACGAAUGAUCCAAACUCUAAUACAAGAUUUGGAAUAUCGGCGGAAAACAGAUCAUCAAAUAAAAGUCUACAUGUCGAAGCUGUACCGAAAACUGGCACGCAAGUUGCUCAAAUAAAGCGAGCCCUGAACUCCAACGUAUUUUUAAAAGGCCUUGAUGCAAACCAAGUUGAACAGCUCAUGGACUGCAUGUCUUUGCAAACAGUUUCGGCUGGUAGCGAAAUAAUAGCAGAGGGAGAGUACGGUACACAUAUGUACGUGCUCGACAAAGGCCAGGUUGAAGUUUACCAUAAGAGGAGCGGCGAACGAAGCCAUGUAAUUGACUUAAACCCUGGAACCGUAUUUGGGGAGUUAGCUAUUCUGUACAACUGCAAGCGUACAGCAUACGUGGAGGCGAAAACCGACGUCACUAUAUGGUCGAUAGACAGGCAACUGUUUCAGACAGUGGUAAAGAAAAGCGGACAAUCAAAACGGGACGAAUACGUAAGACUUCUACGGACAGUGGAUCGCCUUAAGUCCUUGUCGGAAAACAAACUUCUGCGGAUUGCUGACUGUUUGGAGCAAACCACUUUUCGUAUGGGCGAUUACAUUAUACGGCAAGGCGAUUCAGGAGAUACUUUUUAUGUCAUUCAAGAGGGUAGUGUGAAAGUUACGCAAAACAAGACCGGAUUCUUCAAUAAAAUGAAAUCUCGAGAGGAAGACUUCCUUUGCAACAUGGAAAAAGGUGAAUACUUCGGGGAACGAGCCUUGUUGACUGAAGAUAAGCGAGCAGCGAACGUGAUCGCCGACUCUGACGUCGUAACGCUACUUAUGCUGGAUCGGCAAGCGUUCAGUUCUCUGAUAGGAUCUCUCGCAGAGGUCGGAAAAACUCCGUCGGUUCCGCAACUUCCACUUGAAUCUGAAGAUCCUUCUCAUCUCGAUGAAACGGAUGGAAGACUUAGAGAACUGGCAGUUGUUCCUGAAGAAGACGAAGAGCAUGUACUAAGUGAAGGGAACCAUCUUGCUCCAAAAGUAACAAUCGUUACCCGCCUUAGCGGAGCAACGGAGUCGGUAUUAAAACGAACGAAACUUGAAGACUUAAAAGUCAUUCGUAUUUUGGGCCAAGGCGGCUUCGGUUGUGUAAAGUUAGUACAGGUUCCCGGUCUUUCGAAUUGCGCUUUUGCGCUAAAGGCGAUCAGACAAGCAAAGAUAGUAAAGACUGGACAACAGCAACAUGUCCUUGCAGAGAAAAACAUCAUGCUCGCUGCCAAGUCGCCAUUUAUUGCAAGGCUAUACAGGACCUACAAAGACAGCAGUCGAAUCUACAUGCUCAUGGAUGCUUACCUCGGGGGUGAAAUGUACGGUGUAUUGAAACGCAUGGGAUCGCUGGAUGAAACAGCAGCUAGAUUCUGCGCAGGCUGUGUACUGGAGGCUCUCAGCUAUUUACAUGAACGAGGCAUCGUGUACAGGGAUUUAAAACCCGAAAACCUGAUGCUGGACCACAGGGGUUACGUGAAACUUGUCGAUUUUGGCUUUGCUAAACGGGUUCGAUUUGGUUUCAAAACUUGGACGUUUUGCGGGACGCCUGAGUAUUUUCCACCGGAAAUAUUAAGCAAUGCAGGUCACGACUUUUCCGCUGACUACUGGUCGUACGGUAUUUUGAUUUACGAGCUCUUAACACGAACGACACCCUUUUUUGCUGGGGAUGACAUGACAGUGUACGAAGGCAUCCUGGGCGGUAUAGAAGGCGUCAAAUUUUCAAAGCGGGUGAAACGUAGUGCUGAGCUUUUGAUCCGAAACCUCUGCAAAUUGGAGCCGAGGGACCGACUUGGUUACCAGAAAGGUGGGGUUAACGACAUUCGAAAACACCGUUGGUUUCAUGGCUUCGACUGGCAAGGCCUUCGUACGACCAGCAUAAAAUCGCCAUUCAAAGUUCACAUCAAGAAUGCAGUGGACACGAAUAAUUUCGAGCCUUGUUUGGAAGAGCUUGCAGAUGAAACUGACGACGCGGAGGUUCUUCGGGAUGCAAAUAUGGUUUGGGCUGAAUCGUUUUAAAAACUGCCUUGAAUAGUUGACAUUAUGACAAGGUAUUUUGAAAAAAUUCAUAGCGUCUAUAGUAGGGCAGGGUAUAGGCGGGGAACUUUUUCAUUCUCUUUUUUUGUUUCAUCUGGAAGCAAAGAAUAUUAACGGGAUUAUAUAACGUAGCCCGCAGAUUCUAAAAGAUCGUUAUUAUUUGUUCAAAGCACGAUCAGGAAGUAUGGGAUUAAAGUGCUGAUAAUAUCAUACCCCACAGUACUAUAAAUGCAUUGCGAAUUUGUAUUGGUUCAAAUGCGUUGUGUUUUUUUAAUCCGUAUGUACACAACGGUACAUUUUAAGCACUUUGUAGUAUAGCAAAUCAAAUCAAAAGUAUUUUUCUUGAACCAGCAUUUAAUGUAUUGUGUUUAUUAAAUACGUGGGAGUACCCUACUGCUAAUUCCACAUUUUAAUGAGCCAUUAAUUUUUAGUAUUUUGUUAAAGAUCAAAAGUCGUAUAUAUUCUCUGUUUGUAUUUUUAUUAAAAAUGCACGUUAAUC